ACCCAUUCAACUGACCUCGAGUUGGUGCCUCUAAAUCUCUAGGUGGAUAAUGCAUAUUUCACGCGUAUUUGGCGCCAUUAUCCUAACGAAGACAAUGCAACUAAAUAAUCUGAGCUGAUUCCGCGCAAUCCUCUUCUAAGUUCUAACCGGUGGCAAAAACAACCGUAGAAGUAUAGCAAUUCGCUUCUUUCAGUUUCGGAUUUUUUUUUUUUUUUUUUUUUUGCAAUUCCAUUGUUGCUUCCAAACCAAUCCAAAUCCCAUUUGAAGAAGACGAUAGAUAGUGCUUAUAUUCAAUCCACCACCUCUCCGCCGCCCGCCGGCAAUGGCCAGAGCUCCCAUCCACACGCCGGCCAACUUUCUGACCUCUCGAAGCCUUGAAUCGUGCUACUUACGACGCCAUGGCUGCCUCCGCUCGCCAUUUCUGAGCCACUCGCUACGCCCAGUUCCCGCAAGCAAGUUGGUGAUUGUUGGUGGUUGUGUAGUCGCCGGUUACGCUCGCAAAUCGGUGGAUUCUGUUGGAGUUUACCAGCUCACUGAUGAUGAGGACUUUACCGUUACUUCCUCGGAGGAAUUGCGUCACGAUGGAGAUGAGACAGACGAUGAUGAAGGUAUUGAGACUUCAGGGACACGUAGAAAGAUAUCUAUUGGAAGUUUUGGAAGAUUGAAAACUCAGAAAGUUAGGGCAAUUGUGACGAAAGGCUCUAGGACGAAGGUAGAAAUAAGAGAUGAUGUCCGUGUACCAACUCCUGGAGAUGGGUCAUCUCAUAUAUCUGAUCGUUCACACUCUAAAGUUAAAACUAUGGGAGAAAAGAAGAGAGUAAAUGCCUUGAGAAGUGUAGAAAAGUCAAGACCAUCUGAACUGCAAGAUAGAGAUAGAGACAGAGAUAGACAACACAGAACAGCCCCCAAUUUAUCUAGAUCCGAGCCAUUAGUUCCGGAAGGUUCUGCUGCUUACUUCCGAGGAUGGGGCUCUAGAGGGCCCUAUGGUUCUGAAUAUGAACCAACCGAGCCUAAACAACAGAAAUUUUCCUCAGAGAAGGGCUUUUAUAGCCGAAAGUCAUUUAAAGAUCUUGGGUGCUCUGAAUAUAUGAUUGAAUCAUUGAGGAAGCAGAAUUUUGUACGGCCUUCACAGAUUCAGGCCAAGGCAUUUGCAUCGGUUAUUGAAGGAAAGAGUUGUAUAAUUUCUGAUCAAAGUGGAUCUGGUAAGACAUUAGCAUAUCUUGCACCAUUAAUCCAGCGUUUGAGGCAGGAAGAAAUUGAAGGACUUGAAAAAUCUUCUUCACGAAGUCCCCAAAUUGUUAUCAUUGUGCCGACUGCAGAAUUGGCUUCUCAGGUCUUAAGUAAUUGCCGAUCCAUUUCCAAAUCUGGAGUGCCAUUUAGGUCUAUGGCCGUGACAGGUGGUUUCCGGCAGAAAACUCAACUUGAAAAUCUACAAGAAGGUGUUGAUGUUCUAAUUGCAACUCCUGGUCGUUUGAUGUUUCUAAUAAAUGAAGGCUUCUUGCUGUUAUCAAAUCUAAGAUGUGCUGUAAUGGACGAGGUAGAUAUCCUUUUUAAUGAUGAGGAUUUUGAAGUUGUAUUGCGGUCUUUAAUGAAAUCUGCACCUGUUAACACACAAUAUCUAUUUGUGACUGCAACUUUACCAGUUGACAUAUACAAUACAUUAGUAGAAAAUUUUCCUGAUUGUGAAGUGAUCAUGGGACCUGGAGUUCACCGGAUAAGUCCUAGCCUGGAAGAGGUUCUUGUAGAUUGUAGUGGUGAAGAUGAGCAGAACAAGACACCGGAUGCUGCUUUCUUGAAUAAGAAAGAUGCCCUCUUGCAGAUUGCUGAAGGAACUCCAGUCUCGAAAACUAUUGUCUUCUGUAAUAAGAUUGAGACAUGUAGAAGAGUUGAAAAUGCAUUGCAGCGUUUUGAUAAAAAAGGUAGCCACUUGCAAGUAUUUCCAUUUCAUGCUGCCCUAGCAAGAGAGUCACGGCUUGCAAAUAUGGAGGCAUUCACUAGUUCUCGUUCUGACCAAGUAUCCAAGUUCUUGGUUUGCACUGAUAGGGCAUCACGUGGAAUUGAUUUUCCAAAUGUGGAUCACGUCAUACUCUUUGACUUCCCCCGUGAUCCUAGCGAGUAUGUUCGACGUGUUGGAAGAACUGCCAGAGGUGCUACAGGAAAAGGAAAAGCAUUCAUCUUCGUGGUUGGAAAGCAGGUGUCCCUUGCACGGAGGAUAAUUGAAAGAAACAGGAAGGGCCACCCGUUGCACGAUGUGCCAUCUGCUUAUGAGCUUACAUACUAAAUAAUGGCUUGUUAGAAGAAAGCAGAUGCCAUUACCGGAAGAGUUGCUGAAUUACCAAGCUGGAAAUUGAGCUUUAAUGGAAUGCAGUUGCCUCCCCUGCUAUCAGAUAAUGAGGUUUUCUCCCCCUUUCCUUUUGUCUCUCAUAUUAAAUUUCUGUUAUAUGCCAGCUUAGUCGUACUUCAGCCAACAAAUUGUUCUAAGUCAUUUAUUUUACUUAAAUAUUUUGAUAAAAUACUCCAAAUCGUUCUUACAGAAGACCUCUUUUCUCCGGAAGUGGCUACCAAAGGCUGUUAGGAAGAAUUAUCCAUGUUUAACCUCUUGUUUAUUUAAAAUUUCGUUCAAUCUUUCAAAUGAAUUGUUACAAGAUUCUAGAAUUGAUUUUCCCCCUUUUUUUUUAGUUCAACAAUUAUGAUGGUGGAAAUCUAACAUCGAACCAUCAAUUUUACAAGCGGGAAUUGGUGUAGUAGAUCCACUAAUCAUAAUUGGCUUAGAUAUAGUUAAUGUAUGUACACAAAAGUAAAUAUAAAUUGAAUAGUUGAAUUUUGGUAUGAGCAAUUGAUUGGUUCAUGUUAUUAUGAUCGAAA